AAAAAAAAAAAAAUUUGAAGUCACUGCAAUACAUUGACAGGUAUUGCGAAGAUAAAAGUAAAAUAAAGAUUGAAAUGAAACAAUAAAACAACGAAUAAAGGAAACAGUUGCAGGUGAAUGGUGACAGAUGAUGAUGAUGAUGAUGAUGAUGAUGAUGAUGAUGGUGGUGACGGUGGUGGUGGUGGUGGUGGUCGCUGACUGACAUGUGAAAAAAAAAAAAGUGGUGAGGGAAAAAGAUAAAAAAUAAAUAAAUAAAAGAAGCGAAGGAAAAACAAGAAAGAAAAGAUGAAAAAAAAGGGGAUGAAUUGUAAAAAUGAAGCAUAAAAAUGGUGGAAAAGAUAAUUGAUGUUAAAGAGAAUAAAAUGGCGGUGCACUAGAGAGAAAUAGUGAAAAAAAAGAGAAAUUGAGGAAAGGAAAAGUGUAAAAAAAGAAAAAAAAAACGUUUGAAAAAUAAAAUAGAAAAAAAAAGUGAUAAAGGACAGUAAAAGAUAAAACAAAUAAAAUAUAACAAAAAAUGGAGUGACAAAUAUAAAAAAAAACAAAAGGAAAAAAAGGCAGGAAAAAAAGAGAGAAAAAAAGACAAUAGUAGACUGAGAAAAAUAACAAGAAAACAAAGAAAACGGGAAAUUGAAGAAAACCUAAAAAAACGAUAAAAUAGCAAAAUAGACAAGAAAAAACGUGAUAAUGGUGGACUAAAGGAAAAUUUUGUGAAAACAGUGAAGGGGGAAAAGUGACAACAAAGGAAAAAUAAGGAAGAGGUGAUAAAGAGAGAGAACAUGAUAGAGGUUUUCUUUAUCGAGAAUAUUUAUACUGCUAAGUUGCAUGGGUCUGGGUGCUGGCUGGAGCGACUCAGGAGGAGGAGGAGGAGGAGGAGGAGGAGGAGGAGGAGGAGGAGGAGGAGGAGGAGGAGGAGGGCCAGUCUUCGGAGACACUCCCAGCCUUGUAAGAGUCAAAGUUGGACAAACAGCCAAACUACCUUGUGUCGUUUACCAUCUUAACGCCAGAGAGGUCACGUGGCUGCGGAGUCGUGACCUGCACAUUCUCACCACAGGUCACCACACCUACUCUGCCGAUGAUAGAUUCCAGAUCGCUCACAGCCCCGGCGGGAAUGAGUGGACGCUGGUGGUCAGGUUUGCGCAGGCGCGGGACUCAGGUGUGUACGAGUGCCAGGUGAACGCUGACCCCAAGAUAUCCAGGCCCGUGACCCUUGAUGUGCUAGACGCCAAGCCCCCAUUGAAGGUGACCAAAAGCAAGACGUUCGUGGCCAACAACACAGCAUCGACCAGAGACGGGCAUCUCCGCGUGAGAAUCGAAGGCCCCCCAGAGCUCUACAUCGAGGAGGGCUCCACGCUGGCCCUCACCUGCGUGGUCGUGUCUACCUACGGCCCCUCCACCCUGGUGUACUGGUACCACGACACCGCCAUGCUGGACUACAAUUCUCACCGGGGCGGGAUCAAGCUCAAGAUCGACCACCAACGAGGAGAGACAGCUGCCCGCCUCCUUGUGUCCGGCGUGGCAGCAAAGGACUCCGGCAUGUACUCCUGUGUCCCUGCAGGAUCCCACCCCGCGUCUGUGAGGGUGCAUGUCCAUCAGGGCAAGCAGGAGGCAGCCAUUCAACAGAGCGGUCUAAACAUCACCAGCUCCAGCCCCUGCCUCACCCCUGCCCCCCUGCCGCCCUGCCUCGCCAUCUACUUCCUCCUCGGUGCUUCCCUCCCUCAUAUCCUUCCCCUCCCCGCUUCCUCCUCCUUGGGAUUAGCAGGAGUGACCGCAGCGACUUUACUUCUUCUUCCUUACUCCUUUCUCCUUCUCCUCCUCCUCCUUUCCUUUCUCUCCGUAGUGAUUAAGUCUAUUAGUGUGUUCUUCCUCUCUUCUUCCUACUCUCUUCUUGAUCUCUGGCCAUGGAGGGAAAGAGGAGGAGCAGGAGGAGGAGGAGGAAGAGGAGGAGGUGAGGAUUGCUUUCCUUUCUCUCCUCCUUUUAUUUUUUCCUCCUUUCUCUCUCUCUGUAAUUAUGGGAGGAAGUUUCUUUGUUUUGCCUUCUUCCUUUAUUCUCCCCUCCCCUCCUCCUCCUCCUCCUCUUCCUACUCCUCCUCUUCCUCCUUCUCCUCUUCCUUCCUCCUCUUCCAGUACUUAAAGCAGUGUUUUUGUCGUGAUUUUAUCUCAUUUAUCCCUCCUCCUCCUCCUCCUCCUCCUCCUUCUUCUUCUUCUCCUCCUCCUCCUCCUCCCGCACUUCUUUUUCUCUUCUUGCUCCUCUCUUUAUUUCUCUCUUCGUAUCUUGUGCUCAACGUCACAGCUUAAUUCAAUUACGUAGAGCUAUCUUUCUUUCUCUAACGUAGCACGACGCCCUUCUUACCACCGGUGUGUGAAUUAGAGAGAGAGAGAGAGAGAGAGAGAGAGAGAGAGAGAGAGAGAGAGAGAGAGAGAGAGAGAGAGAGAGAGAGAGAGAGAGAGAGAGAGAA